UGGAAGAAGUUCCUGGCUCACGUUGGACCCGGAUUUCUUGUGUCCUUGGCUUACCUUGACCCUGGGAACUUGGAGACGGACUUACAAGCCGGAGCUAAUCACAAAUACGAGCUCUUGUGGGUUAUACUAAUCGGUCUGGUUUUCGCGCUGAUAAUACAAUCACUUGCAGCUAAUCUCGGGGUGACUACAGGGAAGCACCUUGCGGAGCUGUGUAAAGCUGAGUAUCCAAGGUUUGUCAAGUACUGUCUUUGGGUGGUAGCAGAGUUGGCUGUGAUUGCUGCUGACAUCCCUGAAGUGAUAGGAACAGCCUUUGCUCUCAACAUCUUGUUUCAUAUCCCAUUGUGGGCAGGAGUUCUGAUCACAGGGUUGAGCACUCUGUUGCUUCUUGGACUUCAGAGAUAUGGAGUAAGGAAACUUGAACUUUUGAUAUCUAUCCUGGUCUUUAUCAUGGCUGCCUGCUAUUUUGGAGAGUUGAGCUAUGUGAAGCCUCCUGCAUCUGAGGUGAUGAAAGGACUCUUUGUGCCUAAGCUUAAUGGCAAAAGUGCCACCAGUGAUGCCAUUGCUCUCUUGGGUGCCCUUGUCAUGCCGCACAAUCUAUUUCUGCAUUCAGCUCUGGUGCUGUCAAGAAAGACUCCUCCCUCUGUCAAAGGAAUCAAUGAUGCCUGUAGGUACUUCCUUGUGGAGAGUGGCUUCGCAUUAUUUGUGGCAUUGCUCAUCAACAUAGCUGUUGUGUCUGUCUCUGGAACUGUGUGUGCUGCUGAUAACCUCUCUUCUGAUGAUUCUGAUAGAUGCAGUGAUCUUACCCUCAACUCAGCCUCUUUUUUGCUCAAGAAUGUUUUGGGGAAGUCAAGCUCAAUAGUGUAUGGGAUUGCAUUGCUGGCCUCUGGACAAAGCUCCACAAUAACAGGAACAUAUGCUGGCCAGUACAUCAUGCAGGGCUUCUUAGACAUCAAGAUGAGAAUGUGGCUUCAAAACCUCAUGACAAGAUGCGUUGCUAUAGGUCCCAGCCUCAUUGUCUCCAUCAUUGGAGGCUCUGCUGGAGCAGGAAAACUCAUAAUCAUAGCAUCGAUGAUACUAUCCUUCGAGCUGCCAUUUGCUCUCAUCCCUCUUCUCAAAUUCAGCAGCAGUCAAACAAAGAUGGGACCUCACAAGAACUCAAUCUAUGUCAUCGUGGUUUCCUGGGUUCUUGGUUUCGGUGUCAUAGGGAUCAACAUCUACUUCCUAAGUACAAGCUUCGUGGACUGGAUCAUCCAUAGCAGUCUACCAAAGGCAGUCACAAUUCUCGUCGGCAUCGUCGUCUUCCCCUUCAUGGCUGUCUACAUCCUUGCCAUCAUCUACUUGACCUUCAGAAAGGAUACUGCAGUGACAUUUAUCGAUAAGUCUGAUUCAUCACAGAUAGAGAUGGAGAAUGGUAUGCGCCGUUCCGACGGUAAUAGGGGAACUGAAGUUGUGCCAUACAGAGUGGAUCUUGCUGACAUCCCUCUCCCAGACUAAAUCUUUGAAGUUGAUUGCCCAAGAAAGCUUUAUGUAGUGUUAUACUUGCAGUUGCAUCAGCUAAAAUAAGUAGAAUUAUGGCUCUUAGAGUUAUAACUCUUUUGUUUGGUUAACUUGUCAUUUUGUACCAUAUGUGGCUCAAAAGGAGAGAUUGUUGAAUA